AUUUCACCACGACUAUAGAAAUAGAUUGCGAGCGGAACUGCCUUUUUAUAUUUGAGAACUGAAGGGGAUCGAAAGACUAAGAGAAACCUUAGGUUUCUUUAAAAAUAAAUACAAAUAGCCUAAUAUUUCUGAACGAUAUAAGUCCAUAAGGAUAAACAAGAUGGUCGUGGUGACAGCUGGAACAGGGGGACAUAAAGUAAUCUUGAUAUCUGGGAAACAGAAUGGCUCUCCCAGCGCAACACAGGGCUACAGCCGGGCAAUUUCGGUCGUUUUGCCGUCAUCUGCUUCGAACCAAGCGAAUUCGUCGGAUUCCGACUCAAAUUCGACAACUGGGCCACCCCUGCGAAAAAGACAGAGACUCACUCAUUUGAGUCCUGAAGAAAAACAACUUCGCAGGUUAGUUUCAAUCCGGGACAAUUGUGUGUAUUUAGUGUAACAUUAUGUUUAUGACUAGGCCUAGGUUAAUGAUUAUCUAACAAUCAAAAAUGCGAUCAUAUCCAUCUUGUGACUCAAAGGGGAACAAUGGUGAAUUGAUUGUCCAACGGAAGCCGGCUACUCCCUACGCCCCACCUCAGGAAAGAUUCCAUGAACAGCAUUGCUCAGUCUGUCCAAUAACUAGGCUAAGAAUAAAACAUGCACAUUCUAAAUUAAAAUACAAGGUAGAUUAUCAAGUUCAACAGGUGUUGCUUAUCAACGGAUUUGAGUUUUGCAUAUUUGAAGGAGCGCUGUACUCGAGAACCUGUUCUGCCUGCGUGGCAGGAAUAUGGCGGCUGAGUGUGCAAUAACUGAGAAAUCAACCCAUUCCUGUUAGUCAACUUUAUUCUGUCAGCAAUUUCUUUAAGAAAUGCUUCAAAUUUCUGUCCUCUUCAGGAAACUCAAGAACAGAGUUGCAGCCCAGACAGCCAGAGACAGAAAAAAAGCCAAAAUGGGGGACCUGGAAGAACAAGUUCUGGCGUUGGAGUUGGAGGUAAAUUAUAUUUAUCGACACCAUGUAACUUCUCAUGGUGUAAAUGGCUGCUAGGCUGAGGUGUUCACAUGUUUUUCCUUCUCUAGAACAAUAAACUUCACGUUGAGAACAGGCUGUUACGGCAAAAGACGUGUGGCUUGGUGAACGAGAAUGAGGCACUGAGACAGAGGCUGGGGUUGGACACCCUCAAAGCCAAAGAGGUAAGAGGAUUGGUGGAGUUGCUACUAAUGCAGAAGGUGGGGGUGAAGUAAGUUGCCACCUGGUUGGCUGUCAGAUCUGCCAUAGCCUAGGAUUAGUAAUAAUGGCUGUUAUUACACCUCUCCUCAGGUUCAGGUGUUGGCGUCCAGUGGGAUUGAUGCAGGUUUGGGGAUCGGGUCUUCUGAGUCUGCAGUACUCAGGCUACGUGUGCCUCCGCAGCAGGUGCAGGCCCAGCAAUGCCCAAAUCUGAAGAUUUCCCAAUGGAUACAGACAGUCCUGACUCUACAGACUCUGAGGUGAGACUGAGACCAUUUUAUCUGCUACAGCUAAUGUAAACAUACAUUUUGUAGUGUGAUAUGGGCUUUGUCAAUUGGAGAAAAAAACGUAUACCAGUACUUUUUAUAAUAAUGAAUAGUAAGUGAUUGGAUUCAUGUAGCCAAGCGCUUUUCCAGUAGAGUUUUUAAUAAUGUUCCCAGUCUUGUUUAUUGGUGGCCAUUUCCAGAUCCACCCAUAGACCCAAGUAUGGUCUUCUAUCCCUGUUCAGAGUUGUAAUCCUCUCUCCUCUCCUUCUCUAUUUAUUUCCUCCAGUCUGAUCUCUUGCUGGGCAUUCUGGACAUCCUUGACCCAGAGCUGUUCCUCAGGGAGUGUAGUGAGCAGGAGAUCAAGGAGCAGGAGGUGCUGCUGGUCGGAGGGGGGGGAGGAGUACCUUCCCCCUCACCUGCAGCUCUGGGGGCCACACCAGUUAAGCUGGAGGCCCUUAAUGAACUGAUCCACUUCGACCACAUCUACACCAAGCCUGUGGAGGGGGUGGUGUCACCCCCCGGGCAGCAGGAAGUGCAUUACGAGGAGAGUGUGACAAAGAUGGAGGAGGAGGCCUUCUCCUUGGCUGAGGAGGUCGGCGAGGUGGAGGUGUGUGUCAAAGACGAGCCGGAGGAAGUGGUCAUCAUCCCUGAGAGUCACGGGGUGUUGGAUGACUUCCUGUCCGCGGUCUCGCCGACCUCUGACCUGGCCCUGGGCGGCCUGGAGAAGACUGGCACCUACCUGACGGAUGCCUGCAGUGACUCCGGAUACGAGCAGUCCCCUUCCCCAUUCAGCGACAUGUCCUCCCCCCUCUGCUCUGAGGGAUCCUGGGAUGACGUGUUCGCCAAUGAACUUUUCCCUCAGCUGAUCAGCGUCUGAUGUGAACCUUAUUGGCCCAAUUUAAUCAAUGAUCCAACCUAUUGAUCUCCCUGCUAUUUUCAUGUAGUGUUAAGUGACUACAGUAGAUCAUGCUUCAUAUUGAUGUAUAAGCAGCAAAGUGAUAGCCUGGUCCCAGAUCUGUU